GGGAAGAGCCUGCCUGGUCAGCUGUGUCCGGUGGAGGCAGCUGCGGAAGCCAGCUGUGGACUGUGCCAGGGGCUGGUCCUCGGGGCAGGAGCCCUGGGCUCCCCGGGGGCCAGGUGGAACCAUGGGCCACCUCAGGGCGCCCCUUUGGCCCCGGGUCAGUCCUCUCUUUCUCCUGCUUGCUGGAGCAGCUUUGGCGCCCCCACUCAACCUGCCUAACCCCAAGCUUGAGAGCAAAGCGGCCCUGCUGGCAGCCCGCGGGUCCGAAGACCUUCUGUGCUUCACCGAGAGAUUGGAGGACUUGGUGUGUUUCUGGGAGGAAGCGGCGAGCUCUAGGAUUGGCUCCCACAACUACAGCUUCUUUUACCAGCUCGAGGGUGAGCCACGGAAGCCGUGUCACCUGCACCAGGAACCCACUGCCCGUGGCGCGGUGCGCUUCUGGUGCUCGCUGCCUACGGCCGACACGUCGAGCUUCGUGCCCUUAGAGCUGCAAGUCACAGUGGCUUCCUCGGGCACUGUGCGCUAUCACCGUACCAUCCACAUCAACGAAGUGGUGCUCCUGGACGCCCCAGCAGGGCUGUUGGCACGGCAGGCCGAGGAGGGCGGCCACGUGGUGCUACGGUGGUUCCCGCCUCCUGGGGCACCUAUGACGACCCAAAUCCGCUACGAAGUGGAUGUCUCUGCCGGUCACGGUGCAGGAGGAUCGCAGAGGGUGGAGAUUUUGGAGGGUCGCACUGAGUGCGUGCUGAGCAAUCUGCGUGGAGCCACACGCUACACCUUCGCAGUUCGUGCGCGUAUGGCCGAGCCGAGCUUCGGUGGCUUUUGGAGCGCCUGGUCUGAGCCUGUGUCGCUGCUGACUGCUAGCGACCUGGACCCCCUCAUCCUGACGCUCUCCCUCAUCCUGGUGCUAAUCCUGCUGCUGCUGGCCGUGCUUGCCUUGCUGUCCCACCGUCGGGCCCUGAAGCAGAAGAUCUGGCCUGGCAUUCCAAGCCCAGAGAGCGAGUUUGAGGGUCUCUUCACCACCCACAAGGGUAAUUUCCAGGUAGGUGGCCUGGUUGUCCCCCCAGAGCCUGGGGCUAUCCUGCCCCUGAAAGAGGAAGCCCUGGCCUCUGAGCAGCCGGUUUUGCUUCUCCAGCUGUGGCUCUCCCAGCACGAUGGCUGUCUCUGGUGGAACCCCUGCACACCCUUCACAGAGGACCCACCAGCCCGCCUGGAAGUCCUUUCAGAGCGCUGCUGGGGGGUUACCCAGGCAGUGGAGCCAGGAGCAGAUGACAAGGGGCCUCUGCUGGAGCCAGCGGGCAAUGAACAUACCCAGGACUCCUAUCUGGUGCUGGACAAGUGGUUGCUGCCCCAGAGCCCAUGCAGUGAGGACCUCUCAGGGCCUGAUGGCAGUGUGGACACAGUGGCUGUGGAUGAAGGCUCAGAAGCAUCCUCAUGCUCAUCUGCUUUGGUCUUAAAGCCCAGACAAGAGGGGGCCUCAGCUGCCAGCUUUGAGUACACCAUCCUGGAUCCCAGCUCCCAGCUCCUGCGUCCUCGAGCACUGCCUCCUGAGCUGCCCCCCACCCCACCCCACCUGAAGUACUUGUACCUCGUGGUUUCUGAUUCAGGCAUCUCAACUGAUUACAGCUCAGGGGACUCCCAGGGAGCCCAAGGGGGCUCCUUCGAUAGCCCGUACUCCAACCUGUAUGAGAACAGCCCUGUCCCAACCCCUGAGCCUCUGUCCCCCAGCUAUGUGGCCUGCUCUUAGGACUCCAGCCUACAGAUGCGUGGGGAUCCAACAUGACUGCAACGCCAGUUCAGGUCCAAGACUGACCUGAACAGGAAAGAGAGGCUACCCUCAAGGCUAGGGGCAUUGCUAACUUUGACUGUUUACCCAACCCAUUCUGCUCAGAAAGUCCCAACUGUGCAGUAUUUUAUAAUAUGUAUGUUCUUUUUUUUUUUGUAUGUACAUAUAUGUAUAAAAUAUGUUAAGUUUUUCUACUAUGACUUCUGCAAACUCUCUGUAAGCCCCAUAUUUCCCUAGGCCAUGGCCAUAGGGGCAGCAGAUAAAGUCCUUGAUCUCACUCUGAAAUUUUGGACCUGGCAAUGUGAAGACUAAUCAUAAUGAAAUAAAUUAGUCAUGUAAAUUACACUAGCUGGUGUAACAAGCA